AUGGCAUCCAACAACUCCCUCUACGGCAACCCGCCCCAAAAACGCCCCCAAACCACAACCCCCCAAUCCUCCUCCUCCCUCGCCUUCACAAGCCACCUCUCCUCGCUAAUCUCCCAACACCAACCCUCCUCGACAACCGGCCGCGCGCGCCCCUCCAAAUCCUCCAAAUCAGACAUCUUCUCCGUAUCCAACCGCGGGUCCCAGAAACGCGCUGCCGCGGACUUACUCGACGAUAACAAUGGCCAACAACACAAGACGGAGAAGGAUAUCGGGAAAGUGGACGAGGCGACGCUGCAUCGGUCGAAGAGGAGGAUGGAGGAGAAAGUGAGGUUGUAUGAGGAUUUGAAGAAAGGGGCUUAUUUGGCUGGGGAUAGUGAUGAUGAGGAUAAUGGUGCUGGUGGUGCUGGUGAGGGAAGGAGUGGUGGCGAUGCGUAUCUAGCGCGCUUGCGCCGGAAGGAGAAAGAGGGGUUGGUGGAUUUCGAUCGCAAAUGGGCUGAUGAGGAGCGGAAGCGCGAGGACAACGAUGAGGAAGAAGAGGAAGAAGAAGAGGACGACGACAACGCGUCAAUGAUAUCCUACGAAGACGACCUCGGCCGCACCCGCCACGGCACCCGCGCAGAAGCCGCCCGCGCAGCCGCAGAAUCGCAAUCCCAGCACGAAGCCGCUGAGCGCUGGCGUCCGCAACGUCCUACGAACCUGAUCUACGGCGAAGCCAUACAAACGCAAGCUUUCAACCCCGAUUCCAACACGGCUUCGCAGAUGUCGUAUCUAGCGGCCCGACGGGACCGCUCGCCUACGCCGCCUGAGGAGACGCAUUAUGAUCCAGAGGGUGAGGUGAGGAAUCGGGGGACGGGGUUCUAUGCAUUUUCGAAGGAUGAAAAUGUUAGGAAGCAGCAGAUGGAGGAGUUGAUGGGGGCUAGGGACGAGACGGUUAAGGAGAGGAAUGCGAGGAGGGAGCGGAGGGCGGAGAGGGAGAGGGUUAGGGAUGAGAGGAGGAGGAAGAUUGAGGAGUUGAGGGUUAAGAGGAGGGCGGAGGUGUUUCUGGCGGGAUUGGGGGACUUGGGGGUGCAGAGUUGA